CAAAUUUUGAAGAAGUGCAUUUGUAACCGAUAUUUUUAAGAAUUAAUUGUUUAAUAUUUUAAUAAAUGUGUUGUAUAUGCUAGAUCGAUUUUAGAUACCCGUAAGAGAUGAAUUAUUUCAUGGUUGGACGUGGUUCACUUUGGGUGAUGGGACCUGCGUGUCCCCAACCACUUCACCGGAUUAACGCCAGUCCCGAUCGAGCAACACAGUGGAUGAUUGAUGAUGGUGGAGUUGGAUCACAGAGUGAAGAUCGUCCCUCGCCAAUGAGGAACCGCCUCGUGAUCAAUUACACAUGGGCUAACUACUGCAGCGGAUUUUAACCGGUGUUUUGAAUUAGAAUCAACAGCGGAUUUUUAAUGGGUGUUUUGAAUUAUAAUCGAGAGCGGAUUUAAAUGGGUGUUUUAAAUUAGAUUCGAGAGAGAUGGAUAAGUUAAACAAGUCAAUUUCGUAUGGGUUGAUAAAUUUUCCUUUUGUAAUUAAGAGCACAAAAUAAAUUAUCACAUAAAUUUCAUUGAGCCUACGAUGUAAACCUGGUCUUUUAAACCCUAGGCUGAUGAUCUAUACCAGCUUCCAUUUUUUGGUAGAAUGAGAAAUAUGGGUUCUCUCUCUAAACUUGCAGAUGGGUUUAUGGAACGUUUUAGAGCAAGAAUCUCUAUAUUCCUCUCAUGUUUUCUAGAGAGAAAGAGGAGAGAGAUGGUUAUCUUGCCAGAUGAUGUGAUCAUCCAGAUCCUUGCAGCACUGCCAGUGAAGUCCAUAGGCAGAUUCAAGGCCGUGUCGAAAUCAUGGAAAAGUUUGUUAUCCUCUUACUACUUUGCCCUUACCCAUUGUUCUCUUUCUACUUCCCAAGCUCUCUGUCUCUUACUACAGGGCCCCUACAAUGACCAAGAAAUGUUUUAUGCGAGUGCUGAGAACUUUAACGAAUUCUGUUUGUGUUCGAGUAAAAAAACAGGGUUUCAGCAUCAAGGCCUGAAAUGGAUAGCCUGCCAUAAUGGCAUCGUGUGCUGUCUCGUACUUUCAAAGACACAGGGCUCUCUAUUCUUCAUUGGAAACCCUCUUACCCAAAGGGAAUUUGUAGCUCUGCCAAAACUAAAAUUUCAAGUUCGUUAUUCCUUUGGAUUUUACUUUGACACCAUUAAUCAAAAGUUCAAAAUACUUGCAAUUACUGGUUCGGAGAUUGGUACCUAUCUGAUCUUCGAUUCAUCAAUUGGGGAGUGGGGGUUUCCAAGAAAUCAACCACCUUAUGAUAAAUAUUGUCGAGGGUGGGUACUUUCUGUUGGUUCUGCAUGCUAUGUGUAUUCUCCAUAUACUCUAUACACGCAGGGUAUUGACCAUCUAAUGUGUUUUGACAUGGAGAGAGAAGAAUGGGAAAUAAUCCAUACUCCAAUUUGGCUCACAAGCUCAUGCUCUUACGAAAUCCAAGAGAGGGAUGGUCCGCUUUGUAUAAUACAGGUAACUCUUGAUGAAAUAGCACAGGCACACAUAUGGGUUCUACUUCAAGAGAAGAAGUGGGUGCAGUUAAUGAAAAUAGAUUUAGGGCAGUUUGGGUUUCAUAAAUUGAAGCAAUUGGGGGUGGCGUUCGAAGAACUUUGCAUUCGUCCAGAAUUCUUGAUUGGUCAUACAUUACUUUUGAACAUCUUCACUAUCGGUGAUCAUUCAGAACUAGUUCCUUCGUGGAGGGAACAAGUUGGUUCGUGGAUAGUAGCAUAUAACAGAAGGAGUAGGAAGCUAGGAAAAAUGGUUCAAAAUGCUCGAACCAGGUUUUUCAUGUAUCAACCCACACUAUUCACAUGCAAGAUGGAAAAGGAUGGAAAAAUACAUUUGGGGUAGUCUAUGAGUUUGGUUUAUUUACAUCUCUAAUGAAAUAUUUGUUUUGUGAUUAAAUAUGUAUGAAAGUUUGGUCUCUAAUGGGCUAGAUUGGGUACUGUGGGCUGUUUUUGCUUCUUUUUUCGUGGAUAAGUAAGCAAGAUUGAACCCACAGACUCACUCUUGUAACAAAACGAUCUUCCAUUGAAAGAUCUCCCAUUUGUCUUGUAACAAAAAGUUCUUCCAUUUGAAAGAUCUUCCAUUUGAGUGAUGGGCUCAAACUUGGCCAGGUUUAGGGUAAACGCAAAAUUAAGUUUAUAUAAUUUUUGAAAGACAGUUUAUUUUAGACAUUAGUUCUGUAAUUCUCAUGUGACCAUUGCAUUGUUGUAGCAAUUGAUUGAUUAUUGCAGU